ACGAGCAUCACAAGCCUUCGUCAGACGGACCGGGAGCUCUCCGGAGCAACAGAUAGCAGAGAGGGAGACAGAAGAAGAGGAGAGAAGUGGAGAGAGACCAAGGGAAUACUCUCCCCUCUGUCCAUCUUUACAUCUCCAGCACACGCUGCUCUCCUCCCCCCCCUUUUUUUCCCCUCCCAACAGGAACGGGGGGAUCCCCCAACUUUGAGGCUUCCCCUUCCUUCCUCCGCCUCCGACCCUCUUGCGCACACUGCGCUUGCCUCGCUGUGGCGGAGAAGACGGGCUGCGGAGAAAUGAGGAGGGGAGCGCUCCCCUCGUCAGUCAUCUCCCCCCUCCACCGCCACCGAGGACACGCAGGUUCGACAUCUCCGUGUGCGUGGGCGCGUGCGGCGCACGGAUGGAGCCGUGCGCUCCGAGUGUGAGCGGGAGCGACGCAGACCGAGUGGUAGCGCUCCUCCUGGACACCUGCUGCUGCUGCUGCUGAUACUGCAGAGGAUUGUCAACAUGUAACGUGUUUACAUCCUCAAAGGAAUUUACAAGGGGCCAGUGAGUGCUGUCUAUGCGCGACCCCCUCUAUUCCCGCGUCCUUUUCUUCUCCGGAGUGGAUCCAGGAUGUGUCCUGCUUGGUUUCUUCUUCUUCUUCUCCUCCCGCUCACAUCCUUCCUCAGAGCGCAGGUUACUCCAGACAUGAGGUCGGGGGCUAUGGGGGAGACGAGCAACAGCACUGACAUCCUGACAAACGGCAUUAGAACUUCAGAAAACUCCUCCUCCUCCGGCCCCACGGAGUCGUCCGGUUUUACAGGAACCCCCUCUGAAGCUCCCACGGUGCAGGAAGAUGACUGGUCCCCGGCAGAGACCUUCCUCUACACAGGAGACCCUUCCACCCUGGAAGUGGGCCGUUGUUCACGGGCGUACAGCUCUCCCGGGCAGACGGGGCCACUGCCCGUCAGCUUCAACGCCCCCCUCCGCCCAGCUUUGGACGCCCUGGCCAACACUGCCAACUUCCUCAACAUGAUCUUCCAGGCCAGCGACCUGCGGGAGAGUACAGUGGAGGAGGACAUGGAGUGGUACCACGCGAUGGUCCGGGCCCUCCUGGAGGCCGACGCGCUCAUCCAGCGAGCCCUGUUCACCUUCGACGCCGACCCCACUGCCCCGGUGCCGCAGCUGGUGCUGCGCGCCAGCCGGAAACCAGCGGCCAAGGUGCAGACCAUCAUCCUCCAGGACCUGUCCAAGGCCUGGGAGAGCCUGCACCCCCCUGCCCCGGCCCCGGACGACAGCUGGUUCAGAAGGUUUAAGUUCCCAGAGUCCAACCAGCCGAAGGCAGCCCUGUCCAAGCGGGUGCUCCUCAACGACCUCAACACCUUGGACACGCCCAAGUGGGGGCAGGGCGACAGCUACGUGACCAAUCGCAGCGGGGUGAGCUGGGCUAGCGCCCCCUUCCUGGACUGCAGGGAUGGACGCUUCGUCCCUGGCUGGAUGCUCACCCUGUCCACUUCCUUCUACGGCCUCAAACCGGAUCUGACGCCAGAGUUCAGAGGAGUGAUCCGCGUGGACGUCAACAUUCAGGACAUUGACCUGGACCAGUGUGCGACAGGUGACGGAUGGUUUGCCGACACUCACCAGUGCAACCGCACCACCAUGGAGUGCAUGCCGAUUCCAGGCCGGGGCUUUCGACUGGGUCAGUACUGCUGCCGCUGUAAAGAGGGAUAUUACAACCCUGAGAUAUCUCCUGAGGAGGACGUGGCAGAUGGAGGGCCGGUGAACGGGAGCCGUGGCGGCGCUACGUGUUACCCCAACAUGCCCAUCUGUCUCCCAUGCUGGCCGGGCUGUAAGAGCUGUCAAGAUGGCGCUCCCUGCAUGGUGCAGGAGGACUGGCUUCUCAGGACCGCCGUGUUGGCCCUCCAGGGGGUCUUCAUGCUCCUCAUCUUCGUCAGCAUGUUGGCCGCCUACCGACAUCGCCGGAAUCGGAGGAUCCGGGCGUCCGGCCUCCUUCUCCUGGAGACGAUCCUGUUUGGCUCCCUCCUCCUCUACUUCCCGGUCUUUAUCUUGUACUUCAGGCCGAGCACCUUCAGGUGUAUCCUGCUCCGUUGGGUCCGAAUGCUCGGCUUCUCCAUCGUCUACGGCACCGUCACUCUGAAGAUGUACAGGGUCCUCAAGGUGUUCCUGUCGCGUACGGCCCAGAGAGUGCCCUACAUGUCCAGCCUCCACCUGCUGAGGAUUCUGGGAGUGAUGCUGAUGACCGUUAGUUGGUUCCUGUGCGCGUGGACGGUCGGCGUCCUGCAGAACCGUGACAGGAACAUCCCAGUGUUUGUCACGACCACCACGUCAGAUGGACAGGGCUUCAACCUGUGUUACCUGGACCGCUGGGACUACAUGAUGGCAGUGGCUGAGCUUCUGUUCCUGUGCUGGGGGAGCUCCCUGUGGACCGCUGUCAGGCCGGUCCCCUCGGCCUUCCACGAACCUCGGUACAUGGGCAUCGCCAUCCACAACGAGCUUCUUCUAUCCUCCAUGUUCCACCUGCUCCGUUUCACCUUUCCAUCUCUUCAUCCUGACUGGAUGCUGCUGAUCUCCUUUGCGCACACUCACGUCACCAUCACCAUGACACUCGCUCUGCUCUUCAUCCCCAAGUUCCUCUACGUGUCCAAGCCCGGGAGAGAGGAGAUAGCAGCAGAAGUGUAUGAAGAUGAAGUGGACCUGCGACGCUCUGGCUCGUACCUCAACAGCAGUUUUCACUCUGCUUGGAGUGAGCCCAGUGUGGACCCGGAUGACUUUCGGGAUGAACUGAAGAAGUUAUAUGCCCAGUUAGAAGUCCACAAGACGAAGAAGAUGACUGCAAACAACCCUCAUCUGUCAAAGAAGCGAAGUUCCAGAUGUGCACUGGGGAGGUCCAUUAUUAGACGCAUCGCCGAGAUCCCUGAAUCCAUGAGCCGGCAGUGCAGCCGCGAGGACCGAGACGGAUCUUUCCGCAGCAGAAGCGGGAUUCAUUCUGACUCGUUUAGGAGGACCCCAGAUUCUGUCAGUAUUAGCUACAAAAGUUCAAUGAAAUCCCCAUCGCCAUCACCCUCUAUACGCAAGUCCCAAAGUGAUCAUCACUAUGUCAGGGAAAGAGACGCUUCGUUGCGCGACUCCACGUUAAAAGCCAAUUCUGUGAAGAGAUCCUCCCAGCGAUCUGAGACGGACUCCUUGGAUAUUCCUCCGGGGGUCUGUAAGUCAGCAAGUGCCCAGAAUUUGACAAUUGACACCAACCUCCUGCAUCCUGAUCACACCAGGCUUCAUAAAUCUUGGAGCUUAACCUCCACUAACACCCAUUCCAUCGAAAACAUAGCCAAGGUUAACCGAUCGAGCACGGUGCGGUCUAGACAGAGCCUGUCCAUAGGUGACCAAACCAGAAGUGCUCUCCAGUCUGAGUCAUUUGACAAGGCGGAGGUUUGUCCUUGGGAGGUGGAACAAGAGCAAUCAGCUGACAAGAACCAGAAGCACGUCACGUAUGCUGACUCUGAGGAUGAAGAAGUAAAAAGACCAUCGUCUCCACUUGCUCUUGUCUGCCCCUGGGACCAUGCACCGGUGGAAAAGACUCCUUCUGUGGACAAAGACCUACAAAGUGAAAAUGUGCCCUGUAAACCGCUGGCUGUCGUGUCCGCAAGUGCACCAGUCUCCCCGAAUCCAUAUAUCGCAAAGGAUCAGCGCGUCUUCUCUUUCCGUGGCUCUACCAAUAAGUGGCUCUCGGUAAAAUCGUUUAUGGGAUCCAUGGAUGCAGGCAGCAAGUCCAGCAAGGAUGGAAACUUAAAUAGAGAGGAUUCUGUUUCACAAAUAAGUCAAGAAAGUGUCUCCACAACACCAAGGUCAGCAUCAUCUAGUCGACGUCCAAGCAUGGAAAAAAGGUCUCUCGGGAAAAGAAGUUUGUCAACAACCGACGGAAAACCAUGCCUUGUGAAGCAGAACGCAAUCAGAAUGUCUUCUGCGGAUUCCUCCGACAGAAGUCCACGAAGGCUUGUGAUCAUGAAAUCUGCCGUUUACCCUUGGGAUGUGGAUGACAUGCAGAAAGAUGGCACCUAUGAGAAUGUGUUUUUAUCGAGACAGAACAGCAAACGUAGCAGUAUAAGUUCUUGGGAGACCGCCAGCAGCUCCAGAACUCCUUCAACUCACAGAAGAGGUAGCAAUCGUAUUACACCCGUCCGCAACGUUUCUCACUCAGAUGUGUGUCCAUGGGAGGGACCUGGUGCUUUCCAGCAAGGAGAGGGACCAAAGAAGCAGCAGAGCAUUAAAGCAGAUGUCUGCCCAUGGGAAGCUCAGGCGCCCGAACGACCCAAUGUCUGUCCUUGGGAAUCUCAAGAGCAAGACAACGUGCGGAGACUAGGAAGUGUGCGCAGUGAAUCAAAGGAUAUUCCUGUUAUUACUCAUAAUACUUUGUCCAAACAUUUACAGGCACAACCAUCUUUGAAACAUGUAGCAGAUGUAUGUCCCUGGGAGACAACAGAAACUCCCCAGACUUCAGUAAAACAUGACAGUGGAUAUGUUAAUGUUUGUCCUUGGGAUGUUCAAGACAAGAGUGAAGUUGUGUAUGAAAAUGUAAAUACUUUGGAGAACACGGGAACGCUCAAGGUGCCCCUUCACAAAGAAGUCAUUAAACCCGCAAUCUAUCCUCGCGCGUCAAAAGACACUUUAAGCACAGAGCAACAGUACCAUGUCCAGUCACCUUCUCUGAAUUGGGGCAAACAAGUGAGCAGGACGGUGGAAAGUUGUCCAUGGGAGGAGGGGAGCACAAACCCAACAAGCACAGACUCAACUUCGCAAAUUACUGUGAAGGUAGAGGUUUGUCCCUGGGAAAGUAAAGAGAAACCAGAAGACUCUCCUUCAACAAAUGCUUCAGUUCAGAAUGAAGGAAAAGAGGGUCCAAGGGUCAACGUAUGCCCCUGGGAAAGUGAGAUCCCAGAAGAAAAUGCAGCUACUGCAAUGGCGUCUCAGGAACAUAAAAAAUCAGCCGAUGUUUGUCCAUGGGAAACCGAGGGACCUGAAUCUGGAAAGACAGAGCUGCCAAAAGCAUCAGCGAGCCUUGUGAGCCAAGACACAGUUCAGACAAAUGUCUGUCCCUGGGAGACAGGGGAGGCAGCUGCAGUCAAUACUGUAGUGUCAAAAGCAGCAGAGACGCUACAAAGACAAAGCAGUCCCCUCGAAAAUGUUUGUCCAUGGGAAACGGACACUAUAAAAGUACUGAAAAAGCAAGACAGCACUAGGGGAAAUGUUUGUCCAUGGGACACUGAAGAGCCUAAAGUCGUUAAAAAACAAGACAGCAUUAACGCAAAUGUUUGUCCAUGGGACACUGAAGAGCCUAAAGUCGUUAAAAAACAAGACAGCAUUAACGCAAAUGUUUGUCCGUGGGACACAGAAGAAUCAAAAACUCUCAAAAAGCAAGACAGCGUUCAGGCAGAUGUUUGUCCAUGGGAUACAGAUGAACCUAAAGUUGUUAAAAAACAAGACAGCAUUAAGGGAGAUGUUUGUCCAUGGGACACAGAGGAACCAAAAAUUCUCAAAAAGCAAGAUAGCCCUCGGGCAGAUGUUUGUCCAUGGGACACAGAGGAACCAAAAAUUCUCAAAAAGCAAGAUAGCCCUCGGGCAGAUGUUUGUCCGUGGGACACAGAAGAACCUAAAGUUGUUAAAAAACAAGACAGCAUUAAGGCAGAUGUUUGUCCAUGGGACAUGGAGGAACCAAAAACUCUCAAAAAGCAAGAUAGCCCUCGGGCAGAUGUUUGUCCGUGGGACAUGGAGGAACCAAAAACUCUCAAAAAGCAGGACAGUGUUCGGGCCGAUGUGUGUCCGUGGGACACAGAGGAACCAAAAACUCUCAAAAAGCAAGACAGUGUUCGGGCCGAUGUGUGUCCGUGGGACACAGAGGGACCAGAAACUCUUGAAACACAAGACAGUGCCCAGGAAGAGGGAGAGAGACUUGACAUUCCCGACAGUUACAACAAUGAAUUCACAGACGACCAGAGGCCGGUCGGUGUAGAAAACACUCCCCUAGACCUGGCCACAGAGCAGACAGACGAGUCUAAAGAAAGCGUAGCCCUCGGCCGGCACGACGCCUUGUGUCCUUGGGAAAUGUCAAGGAACAGAUCCGGCUCGUUCACAGACAAUGUCUCAGACGUUUUUACGUGGGAGCCUGAAAACAUACCAGAGGAAGAUGAAGAGGACGAUGCGGAGUGUGCUGCUGAGGCUCUUGUAUUCCCUCCUGACUUGUGACCUAAACCUAGCAUCAUUGGGAACGUUAAAACUCUGUAGAAACAUUUGGGCGGUACCCUGGACUAAGGGGUUGGAUGUGGAGUACAAGGUCUCCAGCUACCAACAGAUUCAUGAUGGCAAAACUAAGGGCGGCCAUUUCUAGUUGGGCAAAACGCCCCAGUCCAACUAAGAAGUCAAUAGUAGAGACUCCAUAAGCUGGAUGUUGUGCACACCUGAGUGAAAGUAAGUUCACUUUUGACUGAAGCGCUCAUUAUUAUGUCGUCAUUGGUCCAACUAUGAAAUAGAGACGUUUCUGAACAGGACAUCUAGGGUAAUUAGACAAGGUCCAUUUUCUUCCUGCUUCUACCACCUAUUUUAAAUCAAAAUGUUUUUUUUUUUGUGUGUGUGUGUGUCUUUGUAUGUUUUCAUGUGACACAUCAUAUAUUUGCCAUGUACAGGAUGUCCCUUAAAUGUGGGGUCCACACUUCUGGGACACCCUGUACUUAAAGAAUGUUCCAUGGCUUCAAAAAAAUCUGAUGUCCAGUGUUCACAACUGCAAAUGCAACACAGGAGCUAUACUCUCGAACAGCCUACACAGGAUAAAUCCCAGUCCACUAUUUUUAUUAUUAUUAUUAUUACUGUUAUUAUUAUCAGUAUUGUAUAUUCAAAGCUAAAGUGUUUACUAGUGUCAAGCAGUGUUGUCAGGAUUACAGUGGAUGUGAAGUUACAUUUCAAAAGUACUGAUAAAUCUAUGCAUAGCCGUCACUUAUUUUAAUUACUAUUCUCUCAUUAGGGAAAAAUAAAAUCAUCUCGCUUUAAGAAACAUUUAGAAAACGUAAACAGCUGUCCAAAAAAAACGAAAACAAAUAUGCAUAAAACAACAUAAAUUUGCACCUUUAUAAUUUCACCCCAUAAAGUGCAGCGAACUAUGCAUAAAACAUUUAUAUGUGAGCAUUUUAAAAAUUGUGCCGUUGCUUUAUAUGUAGACGAGUGCACUAAACGAGACAAAGAGACAAAGAGUAGCCUAUACUAACUGUUUUUCAAUGGAUAACAUAUCUUUGGAUGCUGAAACUUCUUAUACAACUACUUAAUGAACCCCAAAUGAUUUGUCAGGGUGGCCAUUUUUAUUUAUAAUUGAUGUUAUUAGCCCUAUUUCACAGCACACAUUAUGGUUUGUCACAGCAGGGAAAGCACAUGUGUCAGUGAUGACUUGGUUCCAUUAAGUGUCCCAGUUAAUCAUGACAUACAUUUAAAGAGAAGGACGUCCACACUUAUUGGAAUGCAGCCAUCAUUAAAGAGCAAAGAUGUGCAUGAGAAAUAAUAUUUUUUUCCGAUAUUUCUUUAUUAUCCGAUGCUUAUAUCUCUUGAGAUGAAGACGGCCCAGUUUUGAAAAAGCACGUAUUACGUUUGAACGUUGUUGUUUUUUUAUAGACUUAUAAUAUCAAUAGUUUUUUUUGUUUGUUUUUUUAAAUUGAUGUAAUUAAAUCACUGAUCUACGCCAGCAAUUAUUAUUCUGUGAAAGCCGCUGUGGUGAUGAUUCCCAUCAUGUCAUUCAGGCUCUUUUCAUGGAGAGAAUUCAUUGUUAAAACACAACGCCAAGUUUGUUUGUUGUUUUUUUUUUUUUUUUUGUCAAUGGAGUGACCUAGUUUUGUGAGCAUUAUUGCAUGUUUGUGUGUCUAGCGUUAUGUAAAUUGCUGUUGUGUUAAGAAAAAAAAAAAAAAAAAAAACACCUAAAAACACGAUGAUGUUGCUGUAACCUUGAUUUGCACUGACAUGUACUGGUGUGAAGAAAAAGCAGCUGGGACACUUUAUUUUUGUAUUUCCUGAGGUCAACAUGCAGUAUAUUCAUCAAAGAAACAAUAAUAAUAAACCAUUCAAUUUCUGUA